AUGGGCACCAGGGAAGGAGCAGCAGUCGCAGAGGACACGCACCCGCUGCGCUGGGCAGGAACCAAAACGCUCUCGAGUCACAGCUGCAGGCCUGUGGCCAUAAAGAAAAUUAAUCUCCACCAACUGAGGAAGAGGGAACUAAAAGUUGAUGAACUUAGGGUCAUCAAGAAGAAUAGGAAUCCCAACCUGGUCAAAUAUUUAGACUGCUACCUUGUGGAUAAGCAAUUCUGGCUGGUGAUGGAGUACAUGGAUGGAGGCACUCUGAGCAAUGUCAUCAGCUGGACCUUCCUGUCUGAAGAUGAGAUGGCAGCUGUCAGUCGGCAGUGCCUGCAAGGCCUGGAUUUUCUACUCAAAAUGUGUGUGAUCCAUCAAAAUGUGAAGAGCCGCAACAUCACAGAUGAGGCUCGGCGCUGGACUGCCAAGGAGCUCCUGCAGGUAAAAUUAUCUGUUGGUGGCAUCAGUCGAGCCUACCUUCUGCCUGGUGCCACUGCUUGUGAAGAAGAGGAUGGUGGAGGGGAGACAGAUAAUCACCUGUGGACCAUUUCCUCCACCAACCAGUCUACGAUUUUAGAAUAG